AUGCGCCCCCUUCUUGGCUGCAGCUGGGGUUGCUGUCUGCUCCUGCUUUUGUCCUUGGAAGCCCAGGGGGGCCCAGACUAUCCCAGCGCUGUCCCAGAGCAAGUCCACCUGUCCUACCCAGGCGAGCCGGGCUGCAUGACGGUGACGUGGACCACGUGGGCGCCGGCGCGCUCCGAGGUGCAGUUUGGGACGCAGGGGUCCGGGCCACUGCCGCUCCGGGCACAGGGCGUCGCCAGCGCCUUCGUGGACGGGGGCAUCCUCCGGAGAAAGCUCUACAUCCACCGGGUGACGCUGAGACGGCUGCUGCCCGGGGUCCAGUAUGUUUACCGCUGUGGCAGUGCUCAGGGUUGGAGCCGGCGUUUCCGCUUCAGGGCCUUGAAGAAUGGGGUGCAUUGGAGCCCACGCCUGGCUGUGUUUGGGGACCUGGGGGCCGACAACCCCAAGGCCCUGCCCAGGCUGCGCCGGGACACCCAGCAGGGCAUGUACGAUGCCAUUCUCCACGUGGGAGACUUCGCCUACAACAUGGACCAGGACAACGGCCGAGUUGGGGACAGGUUCAUGAGAGUCAUUGAGCCCGUGGCCGCCAACCUGCCGUACAUGACGUGCCCUGGCAACCACGAACAACGCUACAACUUCUCUAACUAUAAGGCUCGCUUUAGUAUGCCUGGGGACAAUGAAGGCUUGUGGUACAGCUGGGAUAUCGGGCCGGCCCACAUCAUUUCCUUCUCCACCGAGGUCUACUUCUUUCUCCAUUACGGCCACCACCUGGUUCAGGAGCAGUUCCGCUGGCUGGAAAGGGACCUCCAGAAAGCCAACGCGAACCGGGUGGCUCGCCCGUGGAUCAUUACCAUGGGCCACCGACCCAUGUACUGCUCCAACGCUGACCUCGAUGACUGCACGCGACACGAGAGCAAGGUCCGCAAAGGCCUCCGAGGCAAGCUGUAUGGGCUGGAGGAUCUCUUCCACAAAUACGGAGUGGACCUGGAGCUGUGGGCACACGAGCACUCGUACGAGAGGCUGUGGCCGAUUUACAACUACCAGGUCUUUAACGGCAGCCGGGAGACGCCUUACACCAACCCUCGGGGUCCUGUCCACAUUAUCACAGGAUCUGCGGGCUGUGAGGAGCGUCUGACCCCCUUCUCUAUCUUCCCGAGGCCCUGGAGUGCUCUGCGCGUGAAGGAGUAUGGCUAUACACGACUGCACAUCCUCAAUGGAACCCACGUCCACAUCCAGCAGGUGUCCGAUGACCAGGACGGAAAGAUUGUAGAUGACGUCUGGGUGGUGAGGCCUCUGCUUGAUCGGAUGAUGUACCGUUAA